AAUUUGCAGAGCCUUCAGAAUUAGCAUUAUUUAUUUUCCUCAUUAAUAUUAAAAUUCAUUACCUCAUUUCUCGUACUCUUCUACUCUAUCCCAAAUUCCCAAUCCUAUCACACCAUUCCCUCAACAAUGCCUGGCAGUUUAGAACCGUUGGAUUUGGGGGUUCAGAUACCCUACCACUUCAGGUGCCCAAUCUCGCUUGAGCUCAUGAGAGAUCCUGUGACGGUGUGCACCGGUCAAACAUACGACCGAGGGAGCAUCGAGUCAUGGGUGAGCAUAGGCAACACCACAUGCCCAGUCACACGUGCCCCUCUCACCGACUUCACCCUAAUCCCCAACCACACCUUACGCCGCCUCAUCCAAGAGUGGUGCGUCGCCAACCGCGCUUUUGGCGUUGAGCGAAUCCCCACUCCCAAACAGCCCGCAGACCCUGCCUUAGUUCGUUCUCUUCUCAACCAAUCCUCUUCUGAUUCUGCCCCCACUCACCUUCGCCUCUCCUCUCUCCGUCGACUCAGACAACUCGCUCGCGACUCCGAUAAAAAUCGCUCUCUCAUUGCCUCUCACAACGUUCCUCAAAUCCUCCUCCCAAUCCUUUUUCGCAGCCACGCUUCCGACGAGUUGAACCACGAGUCACUCGCUUUACUCGUUCUCUUCCCACUCUCCGAGUCUGAGUGCGCCUCGCUCGCCUCCGACUCGGAUAAGAUUAACUACCUCUCCAGCUUGUUGUCUCAUCCUUCACUUGACGUCCGAGUCAACUCGGCCGCUCUAAUCGAGAUCGUCGUCGCCGGGACUCACUCGCCGGAUCUCCGAGCUCAGGUCAGCAAUGUCGACGAAAUUUACGAAGGCGUCGUCGACCUUCUCCGGAACCCGAUCUCGAUCCCUCGUGCGCUCAAGAUCGGGAUCAAGGCCUUGUUCGCGCUGUGUCUGGUGAAGCAGACGCGGCACAAGGCGGUGGAGGCCGGAGCGCCGGCGGUGCUUGUGGACCGGCUCGCGGAUUUCGAGAAAUGCGACGCGGAGAGAGCGCUGGCGACGGUGGAGCUUCUUUGUCGGAUUCCCAUGGGGUGCGCGACGUUCGCCGGCCACGCGCUGACGGUGCCAAUGCUGGUGAAGAUAAUUCUGAAGAUAUCGGAUCGCGCGACUGAGUACGCGGCCGGAGCGCUGCUGUCGCUGUGUUCGGAGUCGGAGCGGUGCCAGAGGGAGGCGGUGGCGGCGGGAGUGCUGACUCAGCUUCUGCUUCUGGUGCAGAGUGAUUGCACGGAGAGAGCGAAGAGGAAGGCGCAGCUGUUGCUGAAGCUUCUUCGGGAUUCGUGGCCGCAAGAUUCCAUCGGAAAUUCUGACGAUUUUGCAUGCAGCCAGGUCGUUGUGGUGCCAUUUUGACCAUUUUGUUCUUUCUUUGUAAUAAUCUCCAUAAUUUGUAAUUUUUGUUAGUGAAAAAAAUUUGUUUAGAUUUGAAGGAAACAAAACUGAACAUAGAUUUGUUAAGUUCGAGCUUAAUUAGAAUCUUUUGUUUAGAUUGGUAAAUACAACUGUAAUUCUGUAUUUAAUUAUUUUUGUUCUCUUUGCUUUGUAUGUAAGAGUUAUUGUUAAGAAGGAAAACAAAAUGUUUCAUCAGAAGUUGUAAUUUUGUAAGAUGGAAAAUAGAGCUAACUUU